UUUUGUUUUACGUAGUACUUAAUAAUACUAGAUUAGGUAUAUCAAAAAUACAGUGAUAGAAACAAACAGAAAGCAAGUCUUUUGUACAGAUGUUAAUACUGUCGAAGAAAUUGUAUUAAUAAUGACACAAGAAACUAAGAAAGCAAAAAAGAAACAAGUAAAAAAAGAAAAAACAAACCAAAAGGAUGAGAAAAGUGAAGAAAAUGUAAAAGAGGACACAAGUGAAAAUAUCAAGUUAAAAUAUGGGCCCUCUGUAAGAUUUCCUUAUCAGAGGGUAUGGUCUCGUACUGCCCUAAUAUUUGCAGUAUUAUUCAUAGUUUGGUAUAGUAGUCGACAGGGUAAAGAAAUUUAUUUGGCUAAACAGAGAGAGAUUUUAUUAAGUCGCACUGUGAAUGUUAUAUGUUCAAGCGAUUAUGAAGCUGAAAUAAGUACAUAUCCUGAAUGUGUACCCGAAAGAUGUGGAAGAAUAGUUACAGAUAAAUUAGUGUCAUCAACAGAAACUGAUGUUUUGUUGAAAAUGGCAGUAAAUGGUUUGAAUUUAGCUGGUUCUGAUGGAGGUGCAAGUAUUUUGGACCUUCAUUCUGGUGCUCUGAGUAAAGGUCAAGGCUUUAUAGAUAUUUACACUUUACCAGAAGCAAAAGAAAUAUUCAAUAGUGCUGAUUUUGCAAUUUAUAAAGUAGCGAAGACUAAGAUACAACAUGCAGUAGCGCAUAACUUUGGAAUACCUUCAAACAAAAUAUUUUUAACAAAACCUACGUUCUUUUCUCGAAUGACUAAUGUGUCUGCAAAAACGAUACAUGACGAAUAUUGGCAUCCUCAUGUUGAUAAGGAAACAUAUGAAUCUUUCCACUAUACUACUUUACUUUAUCUGAGCGAUUUUGGAAGGGAUUUUGAAGGAGGUCGAUUUAUGUUUGUCGAUAAAAAUAAUGUAAAAACUGUGAUAGAACCUCGUAAAGGUAGAGUAUCUAUGUUUACUUCAGGUAGUGAGAAUUUACAUGAAGUUGAAAGAGUACAAUCAGGAACUCGAUAUGCGUUAACCAUAUCUUUUACAUGUGAUCCAAAUGCCGCAAUUUCUGAUCCAAAUUAUCGAAUAAAAUAAGAAAAGUAAGAUCAUUGUAUAAGCAAAAAAUAUAUUAUUUUAUAUUAGAAA